CUUAUUCUUCUUCUCUUCCUGACAACUAUUAUUUGUAUUCAUCUCUAAAAAAAAUCUAUGGAGGGUUCCUCCGAUUUAAACGGUUGUGAUUUUGUAUGAACUAUAUAUAGAACACACAACUAUCAUAAAUUCAAGGUAGGCACCAUCAUCUCCAAUCUUUUGUUUCUUCUUUCUUCAAGCCUAUUAAUUUGUUCUUGAAAUGCCUUCAAGCAAAGACCCCAACAGCCAGAAAUUUACAAAACUAAAGAAAGUAGAAACUGAUCCAGACCCCGACCUUUACGACAUAACAUACGUCGAUGUAACUCCCUCUGAAAGCUGCUCUUCUCCAUUGUCCAAAUCACCAUGGUCCGUACAAGUCGAUCCCAACCUCAUAGAACCGCCACGUUCUUCUGCGUCAAAAUCCACGGCGUCGCACGCCAAAGAACCAAAGAACUACUCUCCCAACAUUCUCAUGGGAUCCCUGGUCCGUGAAGAAGGCCAUAUCUAUUCUUUAGCCACCUCUGGUGAUUUACUCUUCACAGGAUCCGACUCCAAGAACAUUAGGGUUUGGAAAAACCACAUCGAGUUCUCCACGUUCAAAUCCAACAGCGGGUUGGUUAAAGCUAUUGUUCUUGCAGCGGACAAGAUAUUCACCGGACAUCAAGACGGGAAGAUCCGCGUUUGGAAAGUCUCGUCUAAAGACUCGAGCGUGUUCCGUCGCGUUGGUACCAUGCCGCUUAUCCGAGACUACAUCAAAAACUCCAUAGCCUCGUCCUCUUACUUAGGUUUCAUGAGACGGAACCGAACCAGCACAAGCGCGCAAGGGUUCCGACAUCUUGACGCCAUCUCGUGUCUAGCGUUGAGCGAAGACAGGAGGCUGUUGUACUCGGGGUCGUGGGAUAAAACGUUUAAAGUGUGGAGAGUCUCUGACCUGAGAUGCUUGGAGUCGGUGAACGCGCAUGAUGACGCGGUGAACGCGGUCGUGGCCGGUUUUGACGGUUUGGUUUUCUCCGGUUCAGCGGAUGGUUCGGUUAAGGUGUGGAGGAGAGAGGACCAAGCCAAGGAGACGAGACAUUUCUUCUCCGAGACGUUAUUGAAACAAGACUGCGCAGUGACGGCGAUAGCGGUUGAUCAGAGCGGGAUGUUAAUUUACUGCGGUUCAUCGGACGGAACCGUUAACUUUUGGGAACGGGAUACUAAUAUGAAAAACGGCGGCGUUUUGAAAGGGCAUAAACUCGCCGUUCUUUGUCUCUUCGCGGCGGGGAAUUUGUUGUUCAGUGGUUCUGCUGAUCUCGGGAUUCGCGUUUGGAGGAGACCUGAACGCGGUGGUGGUGGAGGCAGAGGAGGAGAGCACGCGUGUGUUUCGGUUUUGACAGGACAUGCAGGUCCGGUGAAGUGUUUGGCGGUGGAGAGAGAUCAAGAGUCUGUUUCGGGUGAGAGACGGUGGAUUGUGUACAGUGGGAGUUUAGAUAGGUCGGUGAAGAUGUGGCGUGUUUCGGAGAAUUCUCCGCCGUUGGAAUUUAUGACAGAUUCGUCUGGUGGUUCUUCUAGGUUAACGGUGGCUCCUAGCUUCUCGGCUCAAGGGAGAAUUAGCCACAAUAAAUAGUUAUAUAUUUUUGUACGCAAGCGAAAAAACACUAAAUUAUUUAAAUGUUUAUUAUGUAAAAGAGAUUGAUCCAAGAAAAAAAAAGAUUGAUCCAAACAGUUUAUAAGACCAUGAUCAACGAAGGUAUACGGUUUCAUAAUUUAUAACUAAAAAAAAUGUCUCAUAAAUAAAAGAUAUAAAAAAUGCAUUUUAACAAAAAAAUA